CAGUAGCAACCAUCCCUGGAGCCUUGUUGACUGCCACAGGGGCCACAACAGAUGCUUUACACCAACUCUGGUAUCUUCAGCAAUGAAAAAGGAUUUUAUCAAAAGAUCGUAAAUAGACGAGCAAAUACAUAGCUACUCUUUGGAUAUAAACAGCAGCAUCUCAUCCUGCCGCCUUUUGCAAAAUUAGGUGGAUAAAGUGGAGGUAGCCUGACAGCCUGGAUGUAAUACACACACAUAAAACAAUGAAAUAGGGCUUCCCUGACAUUGAUGGCCACCCUCUGUGCUCCUCUGACAGCGUGAGUGUCUGGCUGUUCAAACUGUGCACCCAAGCAACAUGCCUCAGUGCUCCAUUAACAGAGCCAGUUUCUGCAGUUUCAUCCAGAAAACUCCUUUUGAUUUCAGAGAAAGCUUUAUACAAGUCCUGAACAAGAUAGUAUUUUUAUUCUAGUCACUUCCAACCCUGAAAUUUCUAAAGCAAGAAGUCAAGACAGACAAGCUGUUUUUCUCUCCUUCCUGCUCUUUCUCUGCAUGAAGGCCACCUCAGCCUGGUGAUUACAAAUAAAAAUUUACUUUGGGCUAUUGUAAGUUUUGGAGCUGCUCUCGGGGAAAAAAAAACUUUCAUAUGAAAGAGAGCAGACUGUUGUGACCCUGCUAAAUGACGGUGUCACCAGGGGGCAGAGACACUCUGAAAAUAAUGACUUGCAUGGAGAUUAAAUCUUUUUAUUUGUUUCUUCAAGAGUAUGACACAGUAGAAAUGUAUCACCAAUGAAAUAAGAGCACAGGCACUUCAAAGAACUAAAAGACUUCCCAACUGCUAUAUUAUACUCCGGACAACAGUAAUAAUCUGUCAGAUUGGAUAUAGUAGAACUGUGUAGUGCAGGUGUCUCCAAAGAAAGUGAAGCGUGAGGAAAAUGACCUAUGAACUGAAUCUAAACUUCCUUAAGGAAUUGGAACAAGAGACAAUUUUACAGGUCCUGUAUCGUGAUCAGAUGGUGAGAAAAGUGGAUGAAGAAAGGAUAAGGAAAUUGAAAAUGCAGCUGCAACAACUUCGGUGGAAAGGGGCAAAAAGUGUAAACCACGAAUACCAUGAAAGAUCCUGUGCUCGCUGUCAGAAAUCCUUAGGACUGGUGAUGAAUAGAGGUGCAGUGUGCAAUGGAUGCAGUCAUCGAGUGUGCUCUGAAUGUCGUGUCUGCCUGAAUCACCUGUGGAAAUGCACCAUCUGUUAUGCUCAUGGAGACAUGAAAGUAAAGACUGGGGAAUGGUUCUUUGAGGAACGAGCCAAGAAAUUCCCAGCUCAAGAUAGACACGAAACAACUGGUGCAAAGCUCUUGAAAUCUUAUCAAAAACUGAGUAAAAUUUCUGUGGUUCCUCCUACUCCACCUCCUUUCACUGUAUCCACUGGGGGAAACACCACAAUGGAAAUCAGUCAAUCUAGAAGUUUUAAUAAGUCUGUGGAAAACUUGUUUCUGUCUCUUGCCACAAAUAUGAAAAAAAUUUCAAAGUCCCAGAAUGACAUGAGGUCUGACAAAAGUCUCCUCACUACAGAUUAUGGGCAGGAUGUGGAACGGAGGAAGGAAAGGAGGAGUCAGUCUGACACUGCCAUCAACAUUACAAGCAGAAUAAGAAAUGCACCAAGCCUUCAGCGACUCAUCAAUGGGGCACGGGACGACAAUGAAGUCUAUACCAAAAGGAAUUGCAAGCAGGGAGAGGACAGUCCAGACAGUCCCAUGAGUGACACUGUAUUCUGUGGUGGCAAAAAACAUGAUAGUUUAUAUAGCAUUAACAGCACUUGUACCGAGGCUGGCAAUUUUGACAUGGCUCAUGUCACAGGAGAAAUAGAGUUUGCCAUGAGAUAUAUCUUUAAAACCUACAUUUUAGAAGUAUGCAUCAAGGCUUGCAAGAACCUGGCUUAUGGAGAAGAGAAGAAGAAAAAGUGUAACCCGUAUGCAAAGACUUACUUGCUUCCCGAUAAAUCUUCUCGGAGUAAACGUAAGACAGCUGUUAAAAAGAACACAGUGGAUCCAGCAUUCCAUGAAACUUUUAAGUAUAAGAUUGAAUAUUCCCAGCUGGAAACACGAAAGCUUCAGAUAUCUGUGUGGCACUCAGGCGCACUCAAGCGAAGGGUGUUUCUUGGCGAAGUGAUUAUUCCAUUGGCAUCGUGGAAUUUUGAAGACAAUUCAACACAGUCUUUCAAUUGGUAUCAACUUAAAGCGAAGCCUGAAAAGCCCGAAGACAGCCUAGUUCAGUACAAUGGAGAACUCCUGUUGUGUGCAAAACUGAUCUUACCAUCCCAGUCUAAAAAAUGCCAGUAUGAAGAGCAAAGGAACGGAGGUAUAGAAGAGCAAGCAGCUGCUGCUGGCCAGCUUCACCUUGUGGUGCUUGGAGCCAAGAACUUGCCUGUAGUGAGAUGUGGUGGCACUUUGAAUUCGUUUGUUAAAGGUUGUCUCACUCUCCCAGACCAAAGUAAGAUCAGACAGAAGUCUCCUGUGCUGAAGAAAGAAGCCUCCCCUGAGUGGAAGCACCUGUUUGUUUUUGAUGGUGUGACUGCAUCUCAGUUAUGGCAAUCUCAUCUGGACUUGGGUGUCUGGGACCAGGCAUCUUUUGGCUCAGCUGACCAGUUCCUAGGGGGAGCCAGGCUUAGCACAAAAGAACCAUCUGGCAUCCUGGAUUCAGACUCCCAAUCAAAACUUCAGUGGCAGAAAAUUCUCAGCAACCCAAACGUUUGGAUAGAUAUUACACUUACACUGCAUUCAAAUAUAGACAUUUUAAAAUCCCAAUAGCAACCAUGUGACAGAAACAUCCUUUCCAACUGCUCACAUGCGGAAGCAAGUAUUGCCCUCAACGUUAAGCAGCAUGGCAUAUGCCGUGGUCACUCUUGCCUUCUAGAAAGAAAUGUAUCCUUCAAGAAGAUAUAAUAUAAGGGGAAACAGAGCUGUGUAUUUAGAAUCAUUAUAAAACUAAUAAAUAUUAAACCAUUACACUCCAAAGAGCAUUUAAUUUAAAAACUCCUAUGGGCUAUUUCAGUGUGAGCAGUUCCAGUACGAUAUACAUCAACAGCAGCCAGCUCAAAGGUGGUGGUGUUUUGGGGAUUAAAUUAUGCAUUAUUGCAGUAUGCAUUACAAAAGGGGAAGUUGUAAUUCCUGAGUUACUGCAGUUAAAGUACAGGUGAAAUUUCUUCAUGUUUCCUUAGGAAACCAUUAGAAGCAAGGCUGGAGCUUCCAAAUUGUUUUAAAAAAGUUAAGAAGGAGAUUGCAGGAGGGAGAGAGAAAAAGCACAAGGUAUUUUCUCCCCUUGCCCCCCAAAUGUUAGUUACUUUACUAGCUUGGGACUGCAAGAGAGUUUGGCAUGCAGUACAGAGGAAGGGAGGGACAAUGGAACAUGCAUGUUAGGGAGUCUGACUCAAGAUCAAAUGCUCUGGAGCAGAGAUUUAGUUUUCCCCCCCAUACAUGUUUAAAGAAAGAUGCCAUUAAUAACUCCCCAUCAUUGUAACAACUCCUAAAAUAGCUAACAAGAAAAACACUUAAUCUAUUAUUGUGAGUUAGUUGGUGUUCAGCCAGCUAGCAAUCUGUGGAAUAUCAAUAUCUUAGAGCUGGUGUUGCCAAACCCAUGGAUGAGGGCUACUACUGUUUACUUCCUGGCCUGCAGAGGUUUGGAAAUGCUCGGAGCUGUACAGCGAUUUCAGAAGGGCUGCAGAAAUGUCACUUCUCAGCAUCCCCAGAAUUUGGUUCUGUGAUAGAAGUUGCCCUAGGACUGGGCAUAGGUAGCUGCAGGAGGGGCCUGAGAGUGGUUAGUGAUGCAACUAUUUUCUUGCUCUCAGAAAUGGGGCACCCCUCUCAAUGCCUGCCUCACAACCCACUCCAGAGUCUUGCCAUUAUCGGGGGAGUGCACAGGCCCACUGUUUGGCCAAAGCCUUGCCUGCAUUUGGUAAAAGACUGCGCCACUAAAGCGCAUGCACACUCAUGCACGCACACACUUCCUUCACCCUGUAAAGCUGCAAAUACAACAGUUCAAAAGUGAGAUAUACAAAAGCUACACUGUAGUUUUAUCAUACAGUGCACUGCUGUGCUGGGAUUAAACACCCCACAAAACACACUGAACUUCAAAUCCUUUGUUACCUCGCAGAUCUUUUAUUUAUAUUCAUGUGUUGCAAAAAAACUCACAACACUUUGCUAUAAAAGUUUAAUGUUAAGAGUAUAAAGCAGAAUAGGUGUAGUGAAUGGAGGAGCAAAACCAACAAUAUACGGUGACCUUUAACAAAUUUUCAAAUAUGGGGAGAAGGUAAAUGGAAAUGGAUAAAUGCUCUUUUAAUGGACAGAACACAAGGGGGAUAUAAACAAAGAGUCCCUUCAUAGUUGGAGUCUGAAAUAUUAAAUCAAAUAUUUAAAAAAUUAGAAAAUUUGUUAGAAAAAAAUAGGUGCAGUAAGAUUGUAUAUACUGAAUCAUGUGCAUAUCACAAUUUUCUUUGAAGUAAAAAGGUCAUCUUUACAGAUAACGUUUUAUAGCAAAUAAUCAUUUCAUACACUGCUUCUGUAGCACAGACUUAAGUAUAUUGUUUAGGCAAAUUUUACAUGUGCAGUUCAUUUUAAUAAAUCUGAAAAAGGUAACAAAAUAUACAGAGCAAAACUUUUUCCCUUUUUAAACUAGUGUUACAAUCCAUAUAUCUAUAUAUAAAUACUACACUACAGCUGAUCAUUAAUUAAGCUGGAGUAUAUCAUCAAGUAUGAGUCCAACAGAAUAUAUUUGCCUACCUAUGCAAGGAGGGUAUCAAAGAGUGUUCCUAUACUGCAUUUCUUCUGAGUGAUCACUGCCAGAAUAUCUCCAAUUGAACAGAGUAACAAA